AUGCCAGGUUACUCCCCCACACACUCCACCCCCACCUCUGGGCGCCUGGUGUCGACACCGAGAGUGAAAGACACUGAGUUUCGACGUGUGCAUUCCUCCAGGUCUCUCCUCGCGCCACAGCGCUCCGCGCUGGAAGCUGCCCAGGCGCAGGGAAACGCCAUGAAGGUGUAUGUGCGUGUUCGGCCAUUUAGUGAGCGGGAGUUGUCCUUGAACCUGCCACAACACAGUACGGUACGAAUUGAUGUUGACAACCCAUGCUUCAUUACGUUGUUGGACCCCCAGAAGGAUUUUAGACCUCGCGAAACGUUUAGCUUCACGCGUUGUUUUUGGUCUGUUUUGGAGCAAGGCUACGGCGACGGCGGCAAAGGCAUGAGCGCUGAAGAAAUACGUGGGUCUAUUGACACGUUUGUCAAUCGCCCCGCCUCCGCCCGGGGCAAUCGGAGUCGGGCAAACAUGAAUGCGAGCACCUCUAACAUCAGCGUUGCCUCUGCCCGCGGACGCCCAGCGGCUGAGUCUUCCAUCUCGUUUGAGGGUGCAGGGUCAAGAGCGGGGAUUGUUGCAAGGGCUGUAGUUGUCCACCCACCCUACAGUUCGCAGGAGGAUGUUUACAAUGCGGUUGGGCGCCCGGUGUUGGAGAAUAGCUUGGAGGGCUACAAUGGGUGCGUCUUUGCGUACGGGCAGACUGGCAGUGGGAAGACGUUCUCCAUGUUUGGCUACUUUCCAAUGAAGACUGACUUUACUGCUGGUGGUAGGCGGCAGAGUUUUGCGAACGACGACGACGACGACGAGGACGAGUGUGAGGGCUCUAAGCUGUCUAUUAGUACGGUGUCUCCCGCGCGCUUUACUCGCAUAACUGCGCUCAGCAGCCAGAGCAGCCAAAAGGAACUUUGUCCCCUGCAGCUGAGCACCCAAGGAAACACGGAGCGUCAGAUUGUCGACGUCGUUGACACGACGCAGCUGAACCCUAAUGAGCUGCAGGGCAUCAUUCCCCGCAUCAUGUCAGACCUCUUUAAAGGAUUGCACGAGAAAAGGGAUAGGGACCCUUCACACUCGUACCGGGUUGAGUUGGAGUAUUAUGAGAUCUACAAUGAAAAGGUGUUUGAUUUGUUUCGUCCGCAAAAAGACGCCGAUUUAAGGAUUCGCCACAACCCUGUCACUGGACCAUACGUGGAGGGACUCACCUCGAUGGUGGUUAACAACGAGGCACAAAUUGCAAAGUUGAUUCGUAAAGGAAGCAUGGAAAGACGCACGGCGGCCACAAAGGUCAAUGAUCGCAGCAGCCGCAGUCAUGCCAUUAUUACGUUGAAUAUUAUGCAGCUGUACCUUGACAAGGGCGAUAACACCUGCAAUCAGCAAAGCAAGUUGAACCUCGUGGACCUCGCCGGCUCCGAGCGCACCGGCGCCGUUGGCGCGGAGGGCCAGCAAUUCCUGGAGGGCACCAAGAUUAAUUUCUCCCUCACAACCUUGGGACGUGUCAUUGACUGUCUGGCAGAUCUCUCGCAGUCCAAGUCGCUCUCUGUGCCCGUGCCCUACCGCGACUCCAACCUCACGUGGCUACUGAUGGACUCGCUUGGAGGAAACAGCAAGACCUCCAUGUUGGCCACCAUCUCACCUCACUGUGUGAAUUUUGAGGAAAUGCGACAGACCAUACGCUACGCCUCGCGCGCAAAACAAAUUGUCAACAAGGCAGUUAUCAAUGAAGACCCACAAGUGCGUCAAAUCCGUCUCUUGACGGCCGAAGUAGAGCGUCUAAAAAAGACUAUACGCGAGGCUGGACUCAAUGAAUUUAGCCGUGACUACGUCGUGGAGUUGCAGCAUCGUAAUGCCUAUUUGGAGAAACGCUGCCAGGACCAGGAAAAGACAAUUGUGGAGCUUCAGGCUGAAAUUGAAGAGUAUGGACUUAGUGCCCGAAUGGAGAAUCCGAGUGCAGGCUCAGCUAGGCGCCAACGCCCCAGUCACGUGUCAGAAACGGGUUCUCGCCGACGUUCGAGCUGCUUUGAGGACGACGGAAAUGCACUGCUGCUCAGGACACGGCAUGCCGACGCCGAAGACGCUCGUCCCCGAGCCAAUGAGGGGGAACAAAAUAAACGAUCUGGCACUUCCAGCAACACGGCUCAAUUGGAAGAGCUGAAUAUCCGUAUUCAAAAUCUCAAGAAGGAGGUGAAUAAACAGCAGAAAGUUAUUGUAAAUCAGCAGCAGCAACUGGAACUUUACUCCUUCUUUUAUGCCGACUGGGCGUCGGACCUUAUGUACACCGUGAUGGUGCAAAAGGAGGAGGAGUUCAUACGGCGUGUGACUCGCUCUGUUAUUGACAAAAGCGCCCACCUGAGCAUGGACGUGCGCCGUCUUCAGGAGUCGCAUCGGAACGAAAUUGAACAAACGAGGAGGCAGCAUGCGGACGAGGUGGAGGAGUUGCAAAAGUUGUCCGCGGCUCGACUAAAGGAGUCCAUUGAGAAGAGCAAUGAAUUGUACCAGCAGCUCAUUGACAAGCAUGUGGACAAGUUAAACUACGUAGAGGAACGGAUGAAGAAGAACAAGGAGAACUACGAAUCUGAACGGAAAAAACUCGCGGAAGAGAAAGGGGAGGUGCGUGCGAGCUACGAAGAACAGCUGCAAAAGACGCGCUCUCAACAUCAGCAGGAAACAAGACGGUUACGUGACCAGUUGAGCUCCAGCACAUCGGAUUCCAAACGCUUAGAGGAAACCGUCAAGCGUUUACAGGAGAACCAUGAGAGGGAGUUGACACGGCGACAGGAGGAAAUGGACCGCUACCGCCGGGAAAAGGAGCAGGAUAUUUCUCGACUGAAGCAGCAAAUUGGCAAUGAGUCCCAACGGCAAGAAAGUGACAUGGCUGAGAAGGAGAGGCAACGCCGUUUAUUGGAACGUGAGGUAACUGAUUUGCGGAGAGACUUGCUCAAGGCGCAGGCAGAGCGGAAUCGCAUGGAGUACCAGCAUCAAACAGAGAUGCAAAACCUUGCCCAAGAGCAGGAGCGGCUUGUGACUGUUAGUAAUGGUUUGCUUUGUGACUGGGACAACCGUUCCUCUGCGAUAGACGCCUCCUUUGCUCAGCUGCGGACAUUGGUCCAAGGUAAGGACUACAUGAGCUUCCGAAGCCGUCUCCGCGACACGACUGGGGAGCGAAAGGACUAUACCGCGUUGCUUGAGGCUGUGGAGGAGCGGAAGCAACGUGACACGCAGCGUUUCCGGGAGAUUGUGCAGCAGCUGAAGCAGACGCAAGAGGACAGCAACGCGAGCCUCCAGCGUUUUAGGGAGGACGUUCAGAAUGAACUUGUCCACACAAAUAGGCUACGCAGUAAUAAUGUUGGUAAGAAUAAUACUAGUAGCAAUGAUACUGUUGGUGUUGUCGAUAAAAAAGGCUCCGGCACGGGCAGGGCAAAGGCGACAACUACCGCUGACUCCGCCGCAAAUGUGCGGAAGCAGGAGCGCUCGUCAGUGGCGCAAAAAGGAGCACCAAAGUAG